CUUAUGUCCAAAUCACAAUUAGUAUCCAGCAGCGUUGCAACCAUGACAGACAGUUCUCCGCGUUCUCGAGGUAGCACUCCGGUAGCUCCAGCUAUACGAAAAGGUUUCGAAGAAGUACACGCGCCCACCGUCUCCUCUCCACUCAACCCAGAUGCAUCCAAGUCUCGACCGAAGCCUACACCACGAGAGCAGCGGGAGAAGAGGGAUACCCUGAAGAAACGCGAAGCUACAGGUGGAGCUCGUGGAGCGACUCCAGAUACCAAGGUGAAAGAGAAGCAUAUACCAAAGGCUGAUUCACCCAUGCGCUACAACAUCCCGGAGCCGAAACUAAGUGACUACGAACCUCAUAGAGACCUUCCAUUUGUGUCGAGAGAGCCUGUACCUCUGAUGCUCUCUGAUGGGCAGACUGAGCUUAGAAGAGUGGCUGACUUGGCGUGGAAUAAAAAAGGAUAUCGCUACACACCUUGCAUAGCAGACCCACACUUUCGACAUAAGCAGUUUUACAGACAGACUGAAAACAAACCUUACGGACCGCGAAUGGGAUUCGAGGACACAGACAGGACCUUCUUGUUCGACGACACAGCAACAAUCAUGACCAACGAGAAAGGCUGGCGCCUGGGCCGGGGCAACAUCGUUGCAAGAGAAGGUCGAAUGUAUUACGAAGUCAGGAUUUCCCGGGGCGUGCCCGCUGAAGGACCUCCAGUACCAGCAGGCCAAGAAAAUGUUCCACAACCACACAUCCGCAUGGGAUGGGCACGCCGCGAAGCACCCCUCGAUGCGCCGGUAGGCUAUGACGGCUACAGCUACGGUAUAACCGACAUUCGAUUCGAAUCUGUACACCGCUCGCGCCCGACCAAGAUUUACAACCACAUCCCGAAAGGCAAGAAAGGUGUCAAGAAUCGCAGUAUGAUUGGUAAUCAAUCCGUCGAAUACGUCCCGGACGACCACGUGCGCGAAGGCGAUGUCAUUGGCCUUGAAAUCUCCCUGCCCUCGAUCUCUCUACACCAGAAAGUUGUGUCUGGUAUCUACAACCCCGCCGUUGACAGCGACGAUCCCUCGCAGUUUGAAACCGGGGCAUUCGAUAUUAUUCGUGACCGUAUCCCUGUGCCGUACAAACACAGCAUUAUUUUUGAGCAACUUGAGUACCAAUCUACGAAGUCAAUAGAAUCAUACAGCGACCGCGGUCCUGUGCCCAAAAUAUUCCCGAACCCAAACCACGAGGAUCCCGCGCUACGAAGCUUGCCCAACUCAUCAAUCAAAGUGUAUAAGAAUGGCAAACUGGUUGGCAUAGCAUUCGAGAACCUUCUAGCAUUUCUCCCGCCUGCAUCAACACCACUUGUAGCCGCAGGUGCGCGCCCAGGGUUUGACGACGGCAUGUUGGGCUAUUUCCCCUGUAUCGCAGCUUUCUGUGGUGGUAUUGCGCAAGUAAAUUUCGGGCCAAAUUUCUGGUACCCCCCCCCUGAGUUGGCGUCGAGAGACGCAGACAUGGGUGGCCUGGAGCCCUCCUCGGAAGCCUUCCCUUCACCCCAGUUGACUACACUACGACCACUGGGUGAUAGGUAUAAGGAACAGAUCGCCGAGGACAUAGUGUGGGAUAUCAUCGACGAAGUUGAUUUCUUUGUGCAGGAUGGCGGCUUUUCGUAUGUUCCAACGAACGCGGCACUGGAUAAUGCCACUAAGACAGCAGCGCCGAAAGCCAGGGGCAUUGUGGACGGCGACGAUGAUAAUUCGUUUGUAGGGAAGUUUUAGUGGCAAAAUGUAUGAUACCCGUAGCUUGUGUAUAUAUAUGAGAUUGUCAAGGCGAGACAUCCUGGCAAGAGAAAGUUUCAUGAAAUUCAAGUGACGAAAGACAGGCUCUUGUGAUUAGAGCCACUUGAAGAUUUAAGUACUAAGACAUUGGUAUGGCGACACAUUGG